AAGUCCGGCUAAAACAUAAGCAGAUGACAACAUACUGUAUCACAGAACCCAGAGACCUAUGGCCGAAAGAUAUCAAAUGAACGGGAAUUUGGUCGUUACAGCUUGGUGGCACUCGCGGGAAGAUAGAAAGAUUGAAGCCACAGACCUGAUCGCAGUUUGUUUUGGAAUGACUUCUUAUGGUGCUGAUGGCUUCGUAUAGCCUAGGGUUAUUCCCUCCUACAAAAAGUUUGUCAUUUGGAGUACCUUGGCCGAGUGUAUCAACUUGAGGUUUGCCAAAACUCGUGUCUAGAAGAAAAAGAACGUGCUUGUAGAAUCUGGUCACUACGACGCUGUAAGUUGUUUUACAGCCAACUUUUCGCUGUUAGCUUAUGCUCCCUGGUUGCUGCUAGCACGUUCGUGUAAACCAUCACGAUGUUGUUCGAGGAACUUAUGGUAUGAUAGAAAGAACCCCCGUAAUCAAGUAUUUUGUACUGACCAAUUUUAAAGAUAGCUUCUUAUAGCAGUCACAGUUGUUGAAAGAUGAUACUCUCAAAGAUCCAAGAAUGUAACUCCGAGAAGCAAUUCGUCCACGUGAAGCAAGCUAAUACAAUAUCAUUAGCUUGUGACACCGGGUAGGAAUCUACUGAAGACCUUGGGUAUAAACAGUUAACAUCGACCAGAGCCUAGUGUCAACACAGUACAAGAGUCACAUAUGGAUGAUAGUUGACGUUAUGGGCAGAUUCCCAUCUUUUGUACAGGAUAGAGUUAGUUGUGCCUUAGCACGAACACGGAACGCACAAUCACGGCAAAGAACGCCAUGGAAGUCCAAAGUAGCCUAUCGGUGUUCUCGGCUCCAAAAGCGUAGAUCAAAUUGGAGCUAUCUGUAUGAUUGUCCGGAAGAGCCGUGUGUGGGAAACAGUAAUAAGUUUUCCGAACACUAACUCUUAAAACACAGUCCUCUCUUUCGGUAAUCUCAGGCGUAAAUGCUGUUUUUGUUUUCAAGCAGCGGAUUAGUUCGGCAAAACUUCCUUUUCAUCCACAACACCGGGGUCUACAACUUUUACCGUGGGAUUGAUCCGUGACUGGGUUGAUAGCAUAAUACAUCGAAUGCACCUGAAUUUACAUUUAGGCCGUCGCAUAUCACAACAGCUUACGUUCAACUUAAAACCUUGAGCGUCACCAAGCUUGUCCAGAAUGCGAAGUGUCUCGCAACGAGCCUUAGCUGUUCUCUGCAUGAGGUAAAAACCAAGUGACAGGAUACUAUGCCUGGAUAUCAUUACUAUGAGUUCGGACAUUGCGCAGCAUCAUGGUAAAGGUCUUCUCGUGCUUUAAGUGCAAGUGCAGAUGCUUAUCCAAUUCUUACGUCCAACUAUGGCGGACGAAUCUGCCGCUAAAAUGAGCUGCUAUUAAUGGCGCAGAGCAUUGCCUGUCAUUUACAUGACUUCGCAUGCAGUUUUCCUCGAGAUAGUUCAGUGCAUGUUCAUUGCGUGACUGGGGGCUUCCGACUCAUAAGGUAUGUCUGAAAUCUGUCGCAGUUGAAAACAGGCUUUGAGUGUCGAUGAACCCUCAGAAAUCAUUUGGAGCAUGUUGCCGAAACGUGUUCCUGUGACCAAAUGUCUUGAAGCACCUUACUUUUAGAAAUUUGUGAAACUUGGAAAGGUAUGAAAUCAGGCUCAGAUCCUUUUACUUUAGCAGAUAAGGUUUCUUUUCUUUCUAUAAACCUAUAGGAGCUGAGCGACCAGGGAUAAAAAGAUAUUUUGAUAUCAGUUCAAUCUUGCAUGUAUCUUGAUCAAUGAGAAAGCAAGUACCUCUUUAUGAUGGCU